AGAGAGAGAGAGAGAGAACGGUAGGUCUCUCAGGGAGUCUUGUGACAUGACCCCCUGCCUCUUAUGUGCUCUUUGAUGGGUACCAAUAUGAAUUACCAUUGGAUGCGUAAGGAAGAACAGUGGUGCCUAAAUGCCCAUGUUUUCUUACGGAUUUUCAUAGCUUCACUAGGGGUGUUACCGUCAUUUUGCGAGUCCCUGAGCACCACCAGUCAAACGAAGUCUUGGUUUGAUCAAGCUUCUUUCGGAAAGCAAAUUGGAGCUUUCAAGGUUUGUCGUUGAACCGAUCUGUACUCUCUAAGCUCUGUUCUCAGGUAAACUCCUUCUUCUUAGUGAUGUAACCUAAUUUGUUUUCCCUGCUCACAAACCCUAAUUGAAAGGGGAAGUGAUCAUUCGCCAUAAUCGAGAGAAACUCAACCCUGAAGCCCUAAUUUUGCUGGAGGAAGCAUUCAUCCGUUGCACCGAUUGUCGCCGUCUAUGUAUGUCCACAACUUUUCAUGGUUUAGGACUUUGCAAGGAUGGAAAGACCAAGAGAGCUGCAUAUAUGGUUAAAGAACUUGGGAAGGAGAACUUGGUUCAAGAUGCCUCGACCUAUUCUGCCCUUAUUAGAGGCCAGUGUAUGAGACGGAACUCAGGGCGUGCUUUUCAACUAUAUAAAAGCAUGAAAAGGAGCGGCUAUCAACCAAAUGCUGGUACUUUUAAUAUGCUUAUUAGUACUUUCUGCAAGAAUGAGGAUUUUGAUGGGGCAACCCAAGUCUUGAGAGAGAUGUUGGACAGGUGCAUGGCUCCUGAUUCAGGUCUUCUAGGUGAGAUUUGUGAAGGACUCUGUAAGUGUAGAAAAGUUGAAGUAGCCACAAAGCUCUGCAAUGAUAUAGAGGAAAAACACUUAAUGCCAGAGGGUUUCAAUAGAGCUGAAUAAAUUAUUGAUGAACCGGAAAUUGGUUUAGUGGUUCAAACUUGAACCGGCGAAGCACUACAACUUAAGAUAGGGGAUGAUGAAAUCAGCUAGCGCUGGAGCACAACAGCCUGAGGAUUGAUACAAAUACAACAGCACCUUGGAGUUUUAGAAGUUGGAAGUCUAUUUCAGCAUGAUUGUCUCGGAUAUAGAGUUACUAAAGAGUAUUUUCUGAGUGGGACUGCAACUAUGGUGAAGAGGAAUGAUGAGGUGGCAGCAGGUUUCAAGGUUCAUCAGGCCAGCAAGUGGUGUCUUGUAUUGAAUCUUGUAUGAGUGGACAAUGAUGUCAUCAAGCAUUAUGGAGUUCACAAUUUCAGAAGCUGGAGCUCUUUAGAGUACAUGGAUAGAAGUAUGCCUUAGUAAGUUUUGAAGGAGUUGGGACUCUUGUAAGUUGUAAAUAUGGAUAGCAGCAAUACUUAUUUAUCCUCUUCAGCCGAUUAAUAAUGUAGUGCCCUAAUCUCUAGUAUAAUAUGGAUAGCAGCAAUACUUAUUUAUCCUCUUCAGCCGAUUAAUAAUGUAGUGCCCUAAUCUCUAGUAUAAGUGUCCUAAUAAAACUUUUCUUAUGUAUAAGUGUCCUAAUCUCUAGUAUUUUGAUCAAAGUUCAAUUUUUGAAUACCUAUUUCUGGGAGAUUCUUGCUUUCA